AUGGCCACCAAUGGCGCCAAAGUCUGGCUCGCGAUGCGCGACCCCGCCAAGGCCAUCCCAGGCCUCACCCCCGCCGCCGAGAAAGCCGGCAAUUACUCGCGCAUCCACGCCGACCUUAGCAAGCCCGACACCGUCGCCACGGCCGUCAAGACCGCGGGCGCCACGCGCGCCUUCAUCUACGUCGCUCGGGGCACGCCCGACCAUAUGAAGGGCACCGCCGAGGCGCUUAAGGCCGCCGGCGUCGAGUUCGUCGUGCUGCUAAGCAGCUUUACGAUCGGGCAUACUUCGCCGGCGGACGUGCAGCCGAGCGAGUCUAUCCCGUACGCGCAUGCGCGGGUCGAGGUUACACUGGAUGAAGUCUACGGGCCAGAUGGGUAUGUGGCUGUGCGUCCCGGGGGGUUUGCCACGAAUUUGUUGCGGCAAACGGAGGGGAUUCGCGCCGGGGAGGUCAAGAUGUAUGGGCCAGGGUUCAAGACUGAUUGCGUUACGCCCGUGGAUAUGGGCGGAGUGAGCGGGACGAUUUUGGCUGAGGGGCCGCCGCGUGAUGGGCAGCGCAAGGUCUUUUUGUAUGGCCCGCAGAUUCUGUCGCAGAAACAGGCACUGGAGAUUAUUGGCGAGGUACUAGGGAAGGAAGUCAAGGUUGCAGGAAUUGGCGCGGAGGAGGCGCUGGCGGAGUACCUUGCUAAAGGUGCUCCCAAGCCAAUGGCGGAGUAUAUGAUUAGGGCGGUAGGGGACACAGACCCAGAGUUGGAAGAUGGUUCGUGGCUGGCGCAUUAUAAGGAGGGCGUGGAGAAUGUGAGCAAGUAUACGGGGAAGCCUGCCACUGGGUUCCGGGAAUGGGUUGAGGCAGACUCGGAGCUCUUCAAGUGA